CGGAGCGCGUCGUCCAAUCAGGGACGCGCUUGCUCCGACGUCCCGUGGCGCCUGCGCACAUCCGGUCGUAUAUAUGUUGCCACGAGUUAGCGGUGAGUUUGGAGAGUGUCCAUUUUGAGCAGCGAGUCGGCGUCUCCGGAUUAUUCACUUCAAUCCCUUGAAGAGACACACAGUCAGAAUGGCGGACGCUGAGACUCUGCUAAUGGAGACAUCGGAGCAGAACGGCAACGAGGGGGAAGAGGACCAGAAUGGAGCGGAGCAGGAACAAGAACAGGAGCAAGAGCAGGAGCUGGAGCUGAUGGUCGGCGACGACGGCCAGGACACAGAUGGAGGCAAGAUUGAUGCCAGCAAAGAGGAGGAAGAUGCCGGUAAAAUGUUUGUUGGCGGCCUCAGCUGGGACACGAGUAAAAAGGACCUGAAGGAUUACUUCAGUAAGUUUGGGGAGGUGUCAGACUGCACCAUCAAGAUGGACUCAAACACUGGUCGAUCCAGAGGUUUUGGCUUUGUUCUAUUUAAAGAAGCGCCCAGCGUUGAUAAGGUGCUGGAGCAGAAGGAACACCGGCUCGACGGUCGUCAGAUUGACCCCAAGAGGGCAAUGGCCAUGAAGAAGGAGGCCGUCAAGAAGAUCUUUGUGGGAGGUUUGAAUCCCGAGACGACCGAGGACAUGAUCAGGGAAUAUUUUGGUGAAUUUGGCGAGAUUGAAACUAUUGAACUCCCCAUUGAUCCCAAAUCGAAGAAAAGGAGGGGUUUCAUUUUCAUCACAUACAAAGACGAAGCCAGUGUGAAGAAGUGUCUGGAGAAGAAGUACCACACCAUCCAGGGAGGCAGAUGUGAGCUGAAGAUCGCCCAGCCCAAGGAGGUUUACCAGCAGCAGCAGUACGGCGGUGGACGUGGCGGCGGCUACGGAGGAGGAGGACGUGGAGGCCGGGGCCGUGGAGGACAAAGCCAGAACUGGAACCAGGGUUAUGGAAACUACUGGAACCAGGGCUACGGUAACCAAGGCUACGGUGGAUACGGGGGAUACAGCGGCUACGGCAACUACGACUACACCUCUGGUUACUAUGGAUACGGCACUGGAUAUGAUUACAACCAGGGCAACGCCAACUAUGGGAAAACCCCAAGACGAGGGGCGCACCAGGCCAACUACAAGCCAUACUGAUCACCUGGUACGGAAACCAGGGAUCCGGUGAGAUCGAUGGCUGGACGGACACACUGGGCCCCGCUCGACCUCUUUUAUGACAGACCAUUUGUACAGAAAACACCAGAAAUGUAACUUUUCCGUGUCUUCUUUUUGUUUUGUUUUUUUCCCCCUCCCUUGCCGCCCCCUUAUUUUUUCUUUUUUUUCAAUUCUAUGAUUUUUGUUUUAAGUUUCGUGCCCCCCUUUUUUUUCCUUCCACAUUUCCACAGGAAGUGUAAUUUUUACUGUACUUUUUGGUACCUGUUUUGAUUCUAAUGUAUUGUAAGGGUUGUAUUUUACAUGUCUGCUGGCUUUACAGGUUGAAAAUUGUGGCGCUGUAAAGGAGCUUUUUUUGACAAAUAAAAAAACCAGUUUUCAGUAA